AUGUCCAUGCCCAUUGCCUCCCUAGUGAACCAUUCUAAUCUUGAAGUCACCAACGAUGUAAACCUUGAGAUAACCGUUGUAGACAUGCACACUGGUGGCGAGGCACUGCGCAUUAUAACUGCUGGUUAUCCCAAAAUCAAGGGCGAAACUAUUUUAGCCAAACGAAAAUACGUAGCAGAGAAUUUAGAUUACAUUCGCAAGCUACUGAUGCGUGAGCCACGAGGACACUCGGAGAUGUUUGGUGCAUUGUUGGUAACUCCUGAUCAUGAGCAAGCUGAUCUAGCUGUCUUGUUUAUGCAUAAUGGAGGUUAUAGUAUCAUGUGUGGUCAUGCUGUCAUUGCUUUGGGCCGUUAUGCUGUUGAUUCAGGUUACUUAACAGUGAUCUCGGAGUGGAAGUGGGCAGAGCCUGUGUCGAGGAUUAGUUUAGCUACUAUAUCCGGUGCUGUUUACUCUAGGGGCUUCCACCUCCUUUCCUUCCCCAUCCCUCCCCUUCCAUCUCCCCCAUCCUCCAUCCCCACUUUCCCCUCAUCCACUCCCCAUCACCUCUACCCUCCUCCCCCGCCCCACCUCUGUGGUUCCAGAAUAAACCCUCUUAGCCAACAACGUUGUCUGAAAAUUUGUGAGUCUCACUACUGCCCAAUCUAGUUAUAGUAUGAAUUUGGGUCAAUUUAAUUACAAUCUAAUCCUGGUAUUUCCUAACCUCUUUCUUAAUCCUAUCCUGUUUUAGGCCACGUAAAGAUAGACAGAUCAAUGACCUGCAGUGUUCCAGUGUACAUACAGUGUCCUUGUGGUUUGGUCAAGGCUAUGGUAGAUGUAACCAAUGGUAAAUCUGGCAAAGUAAAAUUCACAAGUGUACCAGCAUUUGCGUUUGCAGUCGAUGUCAAACUACCAACUAAAUCCUAUGGUGAAGUCACCCUCGACAUUGGCUAUGGUGGAACAUUUUAUGCGCUUAUCUCAGACAAGGAGUUAGGUUUAGAUAUCAGAAAGUCAAGUACUUCUGACCUUACAACUGCAGCAAAAGAGAUUCUAGAAAUUUGUCGUGAGAAACUAACGGUGAGCCACCCCGAGGAACCAGAUCUUGCGUUUAUGUAUGGUGUUAUAGUCACUGAUGGCAAGGAUCAGUUUGCCGAGUUUAAAGAUGAACCCUCAUGUAAUAUGUGUUAUUUUGGUGAUGGCCAGGUAAAGAUUAGGAUAUGGGCGAGCUAUAGGUUAGGAAUAAUAUUUUUAGGGUGGGAAUCGAGAAACCAGCACUUAUCGCGUGGUCACCAAGCUGGUAGACCGGGCUCAAUCUUUAGUCGCACCUUUACUCAAAGUCCUAACUAAAUAGUUGGGGAGAAAGUGAUACAUUUACAUUGAGAAUGACAUAAGUAAAUGGUUAGACUUCGCGUCUUCUCUGGUAAGGAUGUUAAAAUCGUAGGUGCCUCAGAUCCCCUGUCAAUAGGCCUUACGGAUUACUGCUCUUUUACCCAAUGGCCUCGUUUCCAUGUUAACUUAUUUUAACAUGUCAGGGGCAGAUACAUGGGGCAGAUAAAGAUUAUAUUCUCAUGUUUUCCUGGACGAAUUUGUUUGUUGCUGUUCUUAGGCUCAAUAACAAAGUAAUUUUCAACCCUACUAAGCACCUUUCUAACAUACUGCAAUAAGACAACAUUUUAAACAUUUGUUUCCUCAGUAAGAUCAGAUUUCUAUUAUAAAACUAUGUUUAACUGCCUUUCUGUGCCACUUAAUAAUUUGAAAACAAAUCCGUGACCAAAACCGACGACGUUCUUUUGUUUCUGCGUACUUCUAGGUGGAUCGUUCCCCUUGUGGGUCAGGUGCGACAGCCCGCAUUGCAGUACAGCAUCACAAAGAUCAAAUUUCACUCAACCAAUCACGAGUGUUCGAGAGCAUCACCGGAUCCACAUUCACAGCCAGCCCAAUCCUGGAGACAAAAUGUGGUGAAUUUCCUGCAGUGUUGGUUGAGGUUGAAGGUCUGGCUAAUUAUUGUGGUAAAGCAACAUUUACUGUGGAGAAGAAUGACCCUUUUCAAGAAGGCUUUCUUGUCAAUUAA